AUGUUCUUCUACGGUGGCCUUACAGCCCGCCUUGAUUUUCCUAUUAUUAAUAGCCUUGUGAAUUACUCUAAGUUUACUAAUCUAAAUUAUUUGGAGGACUUGGCUUUUUACAGUUUAAGCAUCGUUUGUGGAAUAGAUAUUUGUGCCGCCACAAACUGUAGACACAUCCUUAAUAAAUUACGAUAUGAUGAAACAAUUCCCGUUAGAUUUACCUUUUUCCUUCAAGCUGGGAAUAUUGUAAGACCAAGAGAGGAUGUCUCAGAAGAUUUUUAUGCGAAGAAAAAUUUACCAAGUUCCAGAAGAAUCACUGGUUUGAAGAACAGUAAAAAGAAGACGGAAAGUAUAAAUCUUGGAACCUGGUUAUUGUUAAGCAUCUUCGGGUUUCCAUUCGUAUUACAAAGCAAAAAGUUAAAAUACCAUCCUAAACCUAUUCUUAAGACUACAAAGAACCUUGCCAAAUUAUCUUACAAGUUGUCAUUUUUUGUCAUUGUGUACUACCUCCAAAACCACAAUUGA